AUGGCAGAGACAGAGGUCGAUGCCACCUCUCUGACCAGGGUUUACGUUUCAGGCUUGCCUCCGUCCAUGACCAAAGAACAACUGCGAUCGCAUUUUCAAGGAAAGUUCCCAGUUACAGACGCUCAUGUUGUAGCAGACCGCCGGAUUGGCUUUGUUGGGUUCCCUUCCCACCAGCAUGCAAAAGAUGCUGUGCAUUAUUUCAACAAGUCCUUUAUUCGUAUGUCCAAGAUCUCCGUCACCCUGGCCAAGCCUGUCGAGAUCAAACGUGACCCUCGAGGGCAAGCAGCGCCCGUAUCCCAGCGUUCUUCGAGGCAACGGCAAGAGAAUGAACAUCCUAGGCAUACUGUAAUUGGCAAAAGGAAGCGUGCAACUCAGGACGAUGGAGAUCAAAAAGCCAAUUCUAGGCAGGAGCCUGCCGCACAAGAAACGUCUAGAGCAGAUGGUCAGGGUGAGGCGUUGGUGUCUUCUACAGAAGCACAAGAAGAUCUAAGCCUUGCCCAACCACCAAUUGAAUCCCCAGAAGAUGAGUAUAUGGAUGCGACACCUCAAUCUGAUAACGAUUGGCUUCGAGGGAAGACCAGCAGGCUUCUAGACUUGGUAGAGGAUGAUCAGACCGACAUGCAACAGCAGUCCUUGGGUGACGGUCAGCCCACAAAACCAGAAACUGUCACCAACGAUGUUGUAGAGGAUAAUACAAGCGUCACAGGGCACCAAAAUUCCCCCGAAAAUCCCUCUCAAGUGUCGGUACCGAAUGCGCGACUAUUCGUCAGAAACCUGCCGUUUGAUACCAGGGACGAUGAUAUCAGGGCGACGUUCUCUCCUUAUGGCCGAAUAUCCGAGAUACACUUAGUCACGGAUACAAAAAGAUCUACUGGCAAGGGUCUAGGCUACGUCCAAUAUGUCGAACCGCAAGAUGCAGCACAAGCUCUUCUCGAACUCGAUGGACGAGAUUUCCAAGGCCGACUGAUGCAUAUUUUGCCCGCUUCAGACAAGAAGAUCUCAAAAUUGACUGAAUUCGAAAUAUCAAAGUUGCCCUUGAAACAACAGAAAGCCAUAAAACGCAAGACUGAAGCAUCCAAAUCACAGUUCAGUUGGAAUUCAUUGUACAUGAACCCUGACGCAGUUCUCGCGUCAGUGGCUGAUCGCCUUGGGGUAUCGAAAGCAGAAUUACUCGACCCUGCUUCAGCUGAUGCAGCUGUUAAGCAAGCUCAUGCAGAAACGAGCGUGAUCAAGGAAACCAAAGAUUAUUUGAAAUCACAUGGUGUCAAGAUUGAAGCGUUCCUCAAUCAGGCUCGUGAUGAUAGGACGAUUUUGUUGAAAAAUUUUGCCUUUGGAACCACUUCGGAAGAACUGUCUGGAAUGCUAGGUCAGUAUGGCACAGUCGAACGAUUCGUGUUUCCUACCACUGGAACUAUGGCCGUUGCUCAGUACGCUGAAGCAAACUCUGCAACCUUGGCGCUGAAAGGUCUUGCUUAUCGAAAUCUCAGAGGGUCAGUCCUUUACCUCGAAAAGGCACCUCGAGGAUUAUGGGAAGGUGGCCAGGAUACGGUACGACAUGAGAAACCCUUGUUUGUUGUAGACACAGAUGGUGAGGCACCAGGCACCACGACAACCCUCUUUGUUAGGAACUUGAACUUCGCCACAACCAGAGCAAGGCUGGCUGAAGCAUUCAGCCCUCUCCCUGGGUUUUUAUCCGCGCGUGUAAAGACAAGAAAUGAUAGCAAGCGACCUGGCGAAGUCUUGAGUAUGGGCUUCGGGUUUGUCGAGUUCCGCUCCAAGAGCCAGGCUGAGGCUGCAUUGUCAACCAUGAAUGCCCGAGUGCUCGAUGGGCACGAGCUCCUUGUUCAACUAUCGCAGAAAUCUACCGAUCUAGCCGAGGAACGUCGAAAAGAUGACAUCGCCAAGAAGAGAAAUGCCAACCAAACGAAGGUCAUCAUUAAGAACUUGCCGUUUGAGGCAACGAAGAAAGACGUUCGCUCUCUUUUCGGUGCAUACGGUCAGCUUCGCACCGUCCGAAUGCCCAAGAAGUUUGACAGCAGUGCUCGAGGCUUUGCAUUUGCCGAAUUUGUUACUGCCAAGGAAGCUGAGAACGCAAUCGAGGCAUUAUCUAAUACUCAUCUCCUCGGUCGCAGACUCGUCCUCGAUUUCGCGGAGAGCGAGAUCAUCGACCCCGAAGCUGAGAUCAGUGCCAUGGAGAAGAAAGUACAAAGUCAUCAGAACAAGUUGACUCAUCAUAGGAUGACAGGAUCGGUCCGGAAGAAAUUCAACGUCGAUGCACGAGAAGAUGUUGAACCGCUCUGA